CUCAAGCUUCAUGGAAGAAGCUCCAAUGGCAACGAUUCGAGUGAAAAUAAGUCCUACGAGAGCUGAAUAUCACUUUAGCAAAGCAAUCUCACACGGCUCUCUGUACCAAUUCGAACCAUCCCGUCGAGGACAACGGCCAGCCUGACUCGUAAAAGUCACACGAACUGCAGAAACCCCAGGCGCAUCGCGCUCGUGAGCCGAGCUCCCUCGACCCUCAGUCCUCUACACCCAAAAACCGAAUCUGUCGGCGCAGCCGGCUAGACGUCGAAAAGAUGCGGGCAACACCCUCGCUGUUGAACAAAGGCAUCUGGGCCCGAACCAUGGAUGAAUUCAAACGGCGCGCAAGUAUUGCCGUGAAAGCCGAAGGGAUCAAGGGCCCCUCGGGCCCAUUUGUCCUUCAAGACUUUCGCACGCCUGGCUCUACCGACGACUGCAAAAUCAUGACUGACCAAGAGAUUGGCGGCUUCUCCCACGGCGCCCUCGAAUGGGUCCCCUCUCUACCCUCCACAACGACGACCUCGUCGCAAAGCAGCCCGGCAAGUAGCACCCGAGGCUACGCCCGGUUCCACGGCACGAUAUCCACCGACCUCCCCAAAAACGACCCCAAGAUCCAACGCACAGGGUUCGCAGCAUGGAGGACGCCAGACCAGAAGCCUACUCUGUUCGGCAAGGCGGUCUGGGAUAUUGACCCGUACUCAUAUCUUGCGUUGCGCGUAAAGUCGGAUCGGCGGAGCUACUUCAUCAAUUUGCAGACGGACUCGGUAGUGCCAACAGACCUGCACCAGCACCGACUGUUCGCGAAGCGGCCGGGCGAAUGGGAGACGGUGUUCAUCAGGUGGAACGGCUUUGUGCGGACGAAUCACGGCUUCGUGGUCGAACCACAGAUGGAAAUGCUGCGGUCCAAGGUCACGACUGUCGGCCUGGGAUUGACGGAUCGUGUGCCGGGUCCGUUUGAGUUAUGCAUUGAAAGGAUUUGGGCGACGAACGAUGUCGAAGAGGCGGUGGAGGAGAGUGACGGGGACAUGAUGGCUGCGCAGGAGGCCAGAGAAGCGAGGGAGAGCGAGUUGAGAAAUCGGGAGGGGAAGAGCAUCCGGUGGAGGGAAAGGUGAAGUUUGCGUCCUGAAAUCAGGAGACACGGCUUCGACCAUGCUGCGAGGAGUACUGGGCUGGGCCUAGACGGCCAAUACUGGUUGAGCAGACUCUCUCGGGAUUUCAUUAAUCUAGCGAGGGAAGCCGAGUUCAUUCGGCAAAGGGAUUUGGAGGCAGCGGCAAGUUCAGCAGGGUAAGAUCCUGGCCAGGGAACUGUAACAGACCCUCUGUAUGAUAUGGCAGCAUAACGUGAACAUAAGACGGCAAUUGGCGUAAAUGAUGCGGCAAUAUGUUUUAUUGCUGUGCCAACAUACAAACAUACAACACCCAUGAACCUCAGCGGAACACCCAGGAGAAACGCGCGACGUCAAGUGUCAAAAAGCGUUUCCAAAAUUUUUGAGGGACGGUCUC